ACCUUCUUCUUAUUAUUAAUUUCUUUUGUCUUAGUUCUUUUAUUUGAGCUAAUGGAAUUGCUUGGGGAUGAGUGGUGGAUGAAUAAAAAAAUGGAAUUUGUUGCUGAUUAUGAAGUUGAUAACUGCUUGAAGGAAAUAGGCAAUAUAGAGCUGGAAUUUGAGGAAACAAUUAGAGAUUAUUAUUUGAAUAUUUUGAGAACAACUAGACUUGGCUAUGAGAUUGAAAUUACCUAGUGUUAGUGGGUGCUUAGGCUUGAUUGUCAAUAUUUUUUCUCUAGUCAAGAGGAUGAGCACAUAAAUUAAGUCCAAAUCAGAGAUUUUGUUAAUCAAGUUGAUCUUAUCUCCAACCAAGAGUAUGAUGACAGAUCAAAGACAACUAUCACAUAUAGUACUCUAUUCAAAGUAUGGGUAAUAUUUUCUAAUGGAUUCAAGGAUGUUGGUACAUUUUACUUGGCUAAUUAUAGAUCAUGCUAUCUCCAAUUCCGUUGAUAGAUAUAAGAGAGAUGAAAUAUAGGCAGAGGGACCCAUUGAGGUAUAUUGGAAAAUGGAUGAAAGAAUCUAAGCUCAUUUGAUUCCAUAGAGAUUGAGAGAUCUCUAUUUGAAUGAUUUGGAGAGGAGAUGUGUAUGUAUUUAUAAAUAGGCAGUGUUUUGUUACAUAUGACAACUUAUGAAUAAGAGAAUAAAUUUGCUACCACAAAUCUCAACAAAAAUAUUAAGUAAAUCUUGAUUUGUGUCUAUCCACAUUUGCACGUCCUCUUGAUUGGAGAUAACAACCUGAUCAACAUAUUAUUGAUUUGUAACUAUCUUUCAUUUGUUCUCAUCUUCUUGGUUGAAGGUAAGCUUCGGACAAACAUGAUCGUUCUUAGUUGAGUACUUAUUUUAACAUGAAAUGUUAUGCUGUGUUUCCAAGAUAAUGAGUGAGAAUAUAGCUAAGAACUGAUAAGCAAUAUCUCACCAUGAACUAUGAAUUAUGAACCCUCUUAUUAUGAAGCCAUAUCAGGUCGACACAACAUCAACCUAACACUGCCCAGCCCAUCUUAGAUGUCCAUCUUGAUUCUUUUUAGCUAAUAAAAGAAUGUGCAUUACUCUCUCUUUACUCCUUGAGUUGAUAUUUAACUUAUUUUGUUUAGUUAAACUACUUUUGAUGGGGGGAAAAAUUAGGCAAAACUUAUCUAAUGAAAACCAUCUGUAUCUUUGAGAUUCUUACUCUUAUAUAACUAUAGAUUUGUCUAUUAUUUUUGUUAUUAGCAUACACUAGCACAUGAAGACAUUCUAUUAUAUAACUAUAGAUUUGUCUAUUAUUUUUGUUAUUAGCAUACACUAGCACAUGAAGACAUUUUAUUUGCUCUAGAUGGGCAGCAACAUGCAGGCUCUGGCAUUUCGCAUAACUGCUUAAUGAAACAUUUUCUAGGAAGAAGGGUAAAAAAUUUAUGAAAUGUCACACAGUUCUAAUUGCACCUAAAGAUAGAUAUAUUGGUUUUGAAUGUAAGAGUUUUGCCUAGUCUAAUAUGCAUUAUAGCUUGUGUCUUGUCCAACACUUUGUUUUAUAAGAGAUUUAUGGAAUAGUGGAUGCAAACUAACAACCCUUUCUGCAAAAAAAUAGGGAAAGUGUCAUUGCUGAUCAAAAAACCUACAUUGAUCAUGACAUUUAAAGAUGUGACACUGAGCUAAAUCAAAAUUUUCAUCCAUAGGUACCAUCUCUUUUUCCUACCAAAAGUCACAUGAAGGGAGGACAUGGCUAGCAUUUAUUUGCACCUUACAGAGUGUAUUUGACCACUAUAUCAAUGUAACUAUUGUUCAUUUCUCUUCAAAGUACUAAGUGAAUAUCAUGAUACCUUUAAUUGAUGUCCUCUCAAACUACCUAAAGACUUCAUCAAAGUAUCAUUAAUGGUGCGGUCAAGUGAUGAAUAUACAUGCAAUCACUAUUGAUUUCGUGGAGCACAUCUUUCUUCAGAAUGAUAAGACAAGAUUUCAAUCACACUAAGAUAGAGUUAAUAUUUUACAAGUAUGACAAUCCUUUCUCAAAAAAAGAAAAAAAAAAGAAAAAAAAAAGAAAAAAGAAAAAGGGUUAUUGCCGAUCAAUUUACUAUGAUCAGAAAAAUAGUGGAUGCAAAAUGACAACCCCUACUGCAAAAUAACAACCCCUUAUGCAAAAUAAAAAAAUAAAAAGAAAGAAAAGGAAAAGUGUCAUUGCCAAUCAAUUUACUAUGAUCAGAAAGCUUACAUUGAUCAUGACAUUUAAAAGAUGUGAGAGUAGGAGCUAAAUCAAAGUCUUCAUCCAUAAUACCAUCUCUUUGUCCUACCGAAAGCCACAUGAAGGGAGGAUGUGGGUAGCAUUUAUUUGCACCCUACAGUGAGUAUUUGACCACUAUACCAGUGUAACUAUUAUUCAUUUCUCUUCAAAGUACUAAGUGAAUAUAUGAUACCUUUAAUUGAUGUCCUCUCAAACUACCUAAAAACUUCAUCAAAUUAAAAUUAAUGGUGCGGUCAAGUGAUGAAGAUACAUGCAAUCACUAUUGAUUUCGUGGAGCACAUCUUUCUUCAAAACGAUAAGACAAGAUUUCAAUCACACAAAUAUCAAGUUGAUGUUCUACAAGUAUGAUAAUCAUCAUGCUGCCAGAUCUAUUUCCACCCAAUAAUGCUCUAUAGCGUCAGUUUGGCAAACUCCUCAAAACUGGGUCAAGAUUGAUCCUAAUCAAAAUUGAGAUAAAUUAGUCUUCUUUUGAUCCAUGAGAGGGGUGGAUAUAAAGAAUGGUUUUAGGAGGACUGAUCCAGUUUUUACUAGACAAGGUUCUUUCUAGAAUGGGACUAGGAUCAAUCCUUGUCACGUUUUCGGAUGUUGCCAAACUGGCCCUUAGUUAGAAUGAUUGUCCUUCAUUUUUCCUAGCAGUACGACCAUCUAAAAUGAUGGAUAUCGAAUGAGAGACAGAUGACAACAACAUUUAAAUAUGACACAAUCAAUAUUUUUUGAGGAAACAAAAUUUGGUAAAGUAAAUAAAGAUAAACCUUAGCAUGGUAAACAAGACUUUCAUCAGUUAUAGAAAAAUAAAAAAUGUGGUCUUAGCAAUAGAAGUCAUAUGACAAUAGUAGUUGUGAAUCAUAACUGAGAAUUUUACCAUUUAUUUUGGAAGCGCUUCACUUACCAUUUCUAAGAUUUGAGUGAGACCUAUAGAAGCUCGUUGAGCUUCUUCAACCUUCAAGGUGUAACUUCUGUUAUUAGAUUUCCAAGGCAAGCAUCUAACUGCCUACAGAUUUAUUGGACGUGAACUACACUGAUUUAGAAGGAUAAUGUCAAACGAAAUAUCGAAAGAAAGAUUUUGGCAAAGUUUUUACAGAACCAUCUCAAACCAGCUUCAAGUCCAUGGACUCUGUUUUGUUCAAAAAGGCAUAGAUGAUGAUGUAUUUCAUUUUAUUCUGACAUGUUUGGUUCGUUUUGAAAACAGAAGUGGGGAAGAAGCUCUCGAGCUAGAAUUUGGUUUUGUAGAAAGAAGUUGCUACUAUGCACUAUAAUCCACAAACUGUGACCUUUAGACAUUUUCUUUAGCGCACUAGAUUUAAUGAGGUUUUAGACUCGAAUCUCAUUAUUUACAAAUUCAAUUUUCAUUCACAUUUGUAAUGCCUGUUCGAGUGAGUCAUGUUUAGAUUAUGACUUUUCCAUGUGGCACAAAGCCCAAAAUUGCUAGCUUAUUGUCUAUCAGUUUAAACUUUUUAAGUGAAGUAGUUGACGUGAUUAUACUAUCCUGUUUGGUUGCAAUUAAUCACUUUAAAAUUUAUUAAUUUGUUGAUUUAGAGCUCAUUUAUGGUAAGAAUGGUCGUAUUCUCUUUUUUUGCCUUAUUUCUUACCUACUUAUUUGUGAAUUCCUACAAGUUUAUUGCAUUACAUGAUUUAUCUUGUUAUAGUUUUUUGGAUGGCCAUUAUCAUAAUUACAGGGAAAUUGCAAGUAUGGAGAUUCAUGUAAAUAUUUUCAUCCAGUGCAAACAGCUGUUAACACGACUCCAACUUUGUCAGGGCCUGGUAGUCUUGGAGCAAAUCCGUUCGUUGGUGUUGGCUCUGUAUCAGGAGAUCAAACUGGAGUUUCGUGGGGAAACUUACCUCCAUCUUUACGACCUCCUCCAGAGGGUGGUUAUCCACCCCUCCCCUUUCUGGACUGGGGUUAAGUUUCUUUCAAUUAUUGAUCUAUGCAAGUACGUUCUUCGUGUGGUCAUAUUGCUGCAGAACUAUAGUGCAAAUGUUAUGUUCUACUCUGAGAAAAGGAUGGUCUCUGUACGAAAUCUAAAGGACGGAUCAUGGUUGUUCUGCGAUGCCUAAGCCAAAAAUCUAAAGGACAAACUUUUGAAAGGCUUGAAGGUGGCAAGUGGAAGGAUUGAAGAUGGAGAGUGGCUUGAAGAGAGUUGUUACUAAAUCCAUAAUGCAACCCGCUUCGUUAUCACUGGGCUAGGCCUCAGUGUUAAAACUAUUAUUGCCUUGAAUUUUAAUUCUAAGUCUGUAUCGGACUUUGAUACUGUUGUAUUUUUCUUUCUUUUUCUUUUUCUUUUUCUUUUUCUUUUUCCAUUUUUUUGGGAAAAUACACCGUUGAAAUUAGUUUAUUAGUUCUUACAGUUCAAAGUAGUACUUUCUGGUGUAGUUGGACUCUUCACUAUUAGAUGCUGCUAGUUAACUUGUUGAA